GGUAGGAAAAGAUUGUAGUAACAUAUAGGGGGAGGCCAAUAAAUGUAAUUUUUUUCUUUAAUAUCAUACGAGAGCAAUAGUUUUGUUGAGUUUUCUACGAAUCGGAGAACAUUACUUUCUGUUGGAGCACGGUGUUUUAAGCAAGCAGAGAGACGGGAAAGGGACGCCGGACAAAAUGUCCCUCUUCCAGUCUGCACUUGAUUUCCUGGCGGGGCCCGGUUCUGCUGGAGCCGCUAGUCGUGACCAGAAUGAUUUUGUCGGACAGGUUGUGGAGCUCGGUGACAUGAAACUCCGGAUUAAACGAGUUAUUGCCGAAGGUGGAUAUGCUUUUGUGUAUGAAGCUCAAGAUAUUGGAAGUGGGAAGGACUAUGCUCUCAAGAGGCUCUUGUCCAAUGAGGAAGAGAAGAACAAGGCCAUCAUUCAGGAAGUCUGUUUCAUGAAAAAACUGUCUGGCCACCCCAACGUGGUGCAGUUCUGUUCGGCUGCGUCGAUAGGGAAAGAGGAGUCCGACACGGGCCAGGCUGAGUUUCUCAUUCUUACUGAGCUGUGUAAAGGUCAGCUGGUCGACUUUGUAAAGAAGGUGGAGCAGAAGGGCCCAAUGUCAUGUGACACGGUCCUCAAAAUCUUCUACCAGUCGUGUCGCGCCGUGCAGCACAUGCACAAACAGAAACCUCCAGUCAUUCACCGGGACCUUAAAAUUGAAAACCUGUUGAUCAGUCACCAGGGAACCAUUAAGCUCUGUGACUUUGGCAGUGCCACCACGUUGGCCCACUACCCAGACUACAGCUGGUCGGCCCAGAAACGAUCCAUGGUGGAGGACGAGAUCACCAGAAACACAACUCCAGCGUACAGGACACCUGAGAUGAUUGACCUAUAUUCAAAUUUCCCCAUUAAUGAGAAACAGGACAUCUGGGCUCUGGGUUGUAUACUCUACCUGCUCUGCUUUAAGCAGCAUCCAUUUGAGGACGGUGCCAAGCUGCAGAUAGUGAAUGGGAAAUAUUCCAUCCCUCAGAACGACCUUAAAUACACUGUCUUUCACGAGCUUAUCCGCUCCAUGUUGAAGGUGAACCCAGACGAGCGACUGACCAUCACAGAGCUGGUCAACCAGCUACAGGAGAUCGCUGCUGCCAGAAAUGUCAACCCCAAAUCUCCCAUUACUGAGCUCCUGGAACAGAACGGAGGCUUUGGCAACAACGCUGUCCAGCUGCCUGCACAGAUCAACAACAUUCACAACUCAGGGGUGUAUGGGGCGGAUCCAGACCAGGGAAUGAGCGGAGGGUUUCUGGACAUCCUCAAAGGCGGGACGGAGAGAUUCCUGACCAACAUCAAAGACACUUCCUCAAAAGUCAUCCAGUCUGUGGCCAGUCCCAGUUAUGCAAAGGGAGACCUUGACCUGUCCUACAUCACCUCCAGAAUAGCAGUCAUGUCGUUUCCAGCUGAAGGUGUGGAGUCUGCCAUAAAGAAUAACAUUGAGGAAGUGCGUCUGUUUUUGGACUCACGUCAUGCUGGACACUAUGCUGUCUACAACCUCUCCAAACGAUCGUACAGACCCUCCCGAUUCCACAACCGGGUGUCUGAGUGUGGUUGGCAGCCGCGGCGUGCUCCCUCCUUAAGGAACCUGUACAGUAUCUGUAAGAGCAUGCACCAGUGGCUCAAACAGGACCAGAGAAAUAUCUGCAUCGUACACUGCCUGGACGGGCGGGCAGCGUCGGCAGUAGCUGUGUGUUCUUUCCUGUGUUUCUGUCGUCUGUUCUCCACGGCUGAGGCUGCUGUUUAUAUGUUCAGCAUGAAACGCUGUCCUCCAGGCAUCUCCCCCUCACACAAAAGGUAUAUUGAGUACAUGUGUGAUAUGAUGGCCGAGGAGCCCAUUAUCCCUCAUGCCAAACCCAUCCUCAUCCGCUCUGUCGUCAUGACGCCCGUGCCGCUCUUCAAUAAACAGAGGAAUGGCUGUCGACCGUUCUGUGAGGUUUACGUGGGGGAGGAGCGCGUCGCGUCCACGUCCCAAGAGUACGACAGAAUGAAGGACUUCAGAACGGAGGACGGGCGGGCGGAGAUCCCCCUGAACGUCACAGUGCAGGGAGACGUGCUAAUCGUCAUCUACCACGCCCGCUCUACCCUCGGGGGACGUUUACAAGCCAAGAUGGCCUCCAUGAAGAUGUUUCAGAUUCAGUUUCACACUGGAUUUGUGCCCCGAAAUGCCAAUACAGUCAAGUUUGCUAAGUACGACUUGGACGCUUGUGACAUCCAGGAAAAGUACCCUGACCUCUUUCAGGUUAACCUUGACAUAGAGGUCGAGCCGCGGGAUCGCCCUAGCAACAAGCCUCCGCCAUGGGAAAACUACGCCACCAAAGGCCUUAAUCCCAAGAUUCUCUUCUCCAGCCGGGACGAACAACAAGAGAUCCUCACCAAGUUUGGCAAACCGGAGUUGCCACGGCAACCAGGAUCCACCGCGUUUUACGACGCGGAGUCUCCCCAGCAGGAGCAGGCACCGGAAAGUUCUAACGUGGAGCCGGAAUCCCCCCAGAGCACGGACACCAACGCCAACAACUUCUUCCAGACGCUGGACUGGGAAGAAGGGGCUGGUCAGUAUAACAGGGCUGACAGCCUGUCUGGAACAGGGGAGGAUCGGGACGACCUGAGCGAUCGCUCCGACGAGGAGUCAUGCUCGUACUCCGGCCCCGCCGGGGAGUCGAUAUCGCGGGAACCCAGCGAGCCACUGUUCGAAGCGGAGUUUCCCACAGUUCCUCAGGAAAGCCAGCCUGACACAGUGGACCUCCUCGGGCUGAACUCUGACCCCGACGGGCCUGCCGCUCCUCCCGCCCCCUCUCAGACCGCGGCAGAGGGUGGCAUGAAGACCUCGUCCAGUAACAGCGACCUCCUAAAUGAUCUGUUUGCCCCCGCCCCUAGCGCCCAGUCUGCUCCCUGUGAGGAUCUGAUUGGUCAGGGGAGUGGAGAGGACCUUUUCUUCAGCGGCCCGCCCACCUCCACUGCCACCGCCCCCUCAACCACGCCCACCGCAGCUCCUAAAGUGGAUGAUUUGUUUGACCCAUUUGGCAUGGGGUCAGGAACCGCCGCCUCUGGAGCUCAGCAGGGCUCUGGACCCGACCUGUUUGGGGACCUGCUCGGAUCAGACAGUAGCGGUUCUGGCUUCACCCCAGGGAACAAAGCCGCACCCCCUCCCUCCAACUCCAGCCUCUUUAAUCUCAAUAAACUGGCCAGUGACCCGCCCAAGAUGACGUCAUCGGCGAGCCAGCCUGACCUGCUGGGUGGAUGGGACAGCUGGACGGCAGGAGGAACCAGCACGGCCGCGAAUAUGACAGCCACAACCAGUAAACCUGCCUUCACAGCCCCUGGCGUGUCCUCGUUUUCCAAAGCCAAAUCCCAGAGCUUUGAUCCGUUUGCAGAUCUGGGAGAUCUCAGCUCAACACUGCCAGGCUCCUCCAGCGGCAGUUUCUCCAGUGCUGGUUUUAAGCCUGCCCCCACUGCAGGCUCCAAAACGCCCAGUCAGCCGUGGCAGUCCGCCCGACCGCCGGCGGGUCAGAACAAACCGUGGAUGCCACCUGGCUCCACCCCCAAACCCCCAACCCAGCCGCAGGCGACCAAAUCUACACCCCAGCCCCAAAAACCAAACUACAACCUCAACUUCAGCAGUGUGAUCGGUGGGAGGGAGGAGAGAGGCAUCCGGACUCCAGGGUUUGGUCCAAAGCCCAAAGUGAAAGAGGAUGACUUUGAAGACCUGGUGUCUGCUCAGGGUUUUGCCUCCAAACCUGAUAAGAGGGGUCCCAGGACUAUCGCUGAAAUGAGGAAACAAGAGAUGGCUAAAGACAUGGAUCCUCUCAAACUACAGAUCCUGGAGUGGAUCGAGGGGAAGGAGAGGAAUAUCCGUGCUCUCCUCUCCACGCUGCACACGGUGCUGUGGGAGGGCGAAACACGCUGGAGGCCCGUGAGCAUGGCCGACCUGGUCACGCCGGACCAGGUGAAGAGGGUGUACAGGAAAGCCGUUCUGGUGGUGCACCCGGACAAGGCCACGGGCAAACCCUAUGAGCAGUACGCUAAAAUGAUCUUCAUGGAACUCAACGACGCCUGGUCUGAGUUUGAGAACCAAGGAGGCAAAGCCCUUUUCUGAGCGUGCUCAGAAAACAUGCCUGAACACCAGGGAAAGGGCGCCCUCUGUGGACCAAACGGAGGUAUUGACCCCCCCCCCCCCUUAUCUUGACACAGACACUGCCGCCUGGUGGUGAACAGAGUGGAGGACGGGGGAGACAUUCCUGUUUGACAGGGUACGGACAUAGACUGAGACAAUCGGGGGGGGGGCGUGUCGGCUUUUCCUCACACACCCACCCUGAGAGGGGCAAACAAACGUUUCUCUGCCGCCUGAUGAGUCUGUUCUCACACACCAUGAUGAUGACCAUGAUAACGACGAUGAUGAUGAAGAUUAUAGACUGCAAUAUGAUGCCACACUCCUUCAAGCCUGCUGCGUUUGACCUCUGCCCCCUUCUCAAAGAGAAGAACAGCACAGGUCUUACAGUGUAUCACACACACACACACAC